AUGCCUUUCAACCUGGAAGACGUGAUCUCAAAAUAUCGAGACUUCGAAUUUACCUCACCUUAUCUCUAUUAUGGGCUCGCUAUCUUUAUAUUCUGCUACUGGUGGAAGUCCACAACACUGGAAAAUCCAUCGGGGCUACCAGUCAUUGGCAGAAGAUGGUAUGAGUUGGGUAAUGGCAAAGCCAAAAAACGGUUCCGGGAUGAUUGCCUGGGCCUGGUCCGGUCUUGUCAAGAAAAGUAUGGAGAUGCUUUCUAUCUGUAUACCGAUUCUACGUAUCGCUUGAUCCUUUGUCGCAAUUAUAUCGAUAUGAUGCGCAAUGAAAAGGGCCUGGACUUCGCCAGCGCACUCGCAUUGAAACUGGACAAUGGUGUGCACGGCUUUGAGCCAAUGGGAACCAUGACAAGUGACAAGAAGAUUAUACAGGCCGUGGCGAAGCACUCGCUUAAUCGCCAUCUGGGUGAGUUGUUCCUUCCUUUGACAUUGGCGCUGACAAGCCCACCAGAAUUCCACGAGGUGAUGUUGAAGGACAGUGUUUGGAAAUUCUUCUCACAGAUCAUGUCCCGGACAUUUAUCAACGACCCAGACUACUAUCGAAACCCGGAGUGGGUUGAGGCGAGCUCGGAAUACGUCGAGCUGUCCGCCACCGCGGGAUAUGAACUUCGAUUCUUCCCAGCGUGGGCGAAACCCCUAGCCGCACAAGUCUCCCCCAAUUGUCGGAGACUCAAAACGCUUUUCGAACGUAUCAAUGCUCUCUUGGGCCCGUUGAAGGAGAAGCUUGAUAAGCAAGGCUUAGAACUUGACUCCAAGAGCCCACUCAGUUUCUUAUAUCAGAAGGUGGAAGGUCGUUUAGACGAGCUUGCAUCGUAUGUAAUCGGUCUCUGUCUUGUGUCGUUCGAUGGAGGAGGCGAGCUCUUCACCCAUGUCCUACACUCGGUUUGGAGGAAUGAACAACUGGUCCGUGACCUCCGUUCGGAAAUCGUCAACGUGGUUGGGAAGGAGGGCUUCAACAAGAAUUCCCUGCAGAACUUGGUGCUCAUGGAUAGCGUCCUAAAGGAGACGCUACGUUUGCAUCCCGAAUCCGUUCUUCUGUUGCAGCGAAUGGCCACGGAGAAAGUCGUGCUAGCUGACGGACUCAUCAUCCCCAAAGGUACCCCGAUCAUGGCCUCGACAUCCCACAUUGUCGACGGGUCGACCUGGCCUGACGGCGACAAGUUCGACGGCUACCGGUUUCUUAACCUCCGCCAGGAUCCAGAUCGUACUGCAAGCUUGGCCUCAUACAACUUCACCUCAACAUCUGCAGACCAUUUCGGCUUUGGGCAUGGAUCCCAAGUAUGUCCGGGGAGGUUCUUUGCGUCGCAUAUGCAGAAAAUACUGCUUUGUCAUGUGCUCAUGAAGUAUGAUGUUGAGGUUAUGAUUCCGGAGGAGGGCGCAUGGUUUCAACGGGGACAGACUCAUGUUGCGCAUCCGGGGCUGAAGGCCCUUGUUAGGCGGAGGAAAGAGGAGAUCCACCUGUGA